GAAAAAAGUCGGGAAAAAAAUAAGAAGAAAAAGCCGAUUUCUGUUAAUGCUAAGAACAAUGAAAAUAAAUCAAUUCGAGAUUGGAAGGUUCAUACUAACAGUUUGCAGAAUAAGAAUAUGCAUCAAAAAAAGGAGUCAGGCAAUGUGUGGGAUAUUUAUACUGCUCGUAAAGUAUCAUCCGGAAAAUCAAGGGCAGUCGGUGGAUUUGUAUCGGAAUUCGCGUUUUUGAAAAUUCAAAUGCGAAAAUUUCCCGUCAAUAGUCAUUAG